AUGACAGACAUGAUGGUGGUGCUGGUGCUGGGCCCCGUGACCCCCGCCGUGGCCGUCGCGGGGGGCCAGGCGGUGCUUCCCUGCAACAUCUCCAGCCUCCGCGGGGACUCCUUCCAGUUGGUGCUGUGGUACCGCGACCACGUGCCCACGCCCGUCUUCAGCUAUGACGCGAGGUCCGGGGCUUACUCGCGGCCGAAGGAGUGGUCUGACCCGAAGAUCCUGGGCGAGCGGGCGCAUUUCACCGUCACCACUGCGCCCGCCGCCCUGGUGCUCAACUUCACCCGGCGCACCGACCAGGCCGUGUACCGCUGCCGGGUGGACUACAAGCACCUCACAACCACCCACGCGCGUGUCAACCUUACUGUCAUUGAGCCGGUGAGCGGGGUGAGGAUAGUGGAUGAGUUGGGCACAGAGCUGGUGGGGGCAGCGGGCCCUUACACUCUGGAGCAGCGCCCAUCGCUCACCUGCCGGGCGGGGGGCGGCGACCCCUCCCCGACCGUCACCUGGUGGAAGGACGGCCGCCUCAUAGACAGCACCUACCAUUACGACCCCGCGUCCAGUACGCCCGCCGUCCCCUGGGGCAGCUCCGGGAGGCGGGACGGGGGCCAGGUGACCACGGGCGUGCCUGAGAUGGUGAACACGAUCCACCUGCGGGCGCUGAAGAAGGAGAACUUGCAUGAUGUGUACACGUGCAAGGCGGCGAACCACGACCUGGCGCCGGUGCGGGAGGCGACGAUACAGCUGGACAUGAACUUCGGACCAGAUGAAGUGGAGAUGAGCGGAUUGGAGGAGCCUGUGUCUGCGGGUUGGCCCCAUAAGGUGAUGUGUCUGGCAAGGGGAAGCCGCCCUCCGCCCAUCCUGACCUGGUGGCUGGAGGGGCACAUGCAGAAGAGCGUCUCCUAUACGACCUCUAUCGACGGGCUGGUGUCCACGAGCACGCUGGAACUGAAGAUCGAGCCGGAGGACGAAGGGAAGACGUUGACCUGCCGAGCCGAGAACCCCGAGAUCCCCGCCGCCAGCAUUGAGGAGUCACAGCAGCUUCAGGUCCUAUACCCCCCCGAGGUGAAAGUGGCCGCUGGUCCGUCCCUCGAUUUGGACCACAUCAAGGAAGGCGAUGACGUGUAUUUCGACUGUCACGUUAACGCCCGCCCCGACCCCCACAAGAUAACCUGGAUGUUCAACGGCGAGGAACUCCAGCAGAACACCAGCGCCCGCGUGAUGGUGGUGGGCCGCUCACUGGUAAUGCAGAAGGUAUCGCGUCGCCAGGCCGGGAGCUACACGUGCGGCGCCACCAACACGCAGGGAUCGAACACAUCGGCGCCCAUUCACCUGUCCGUCAAGUACUCUCCUGUGUGCCGCGUGGAACAGACGGACGUAUAUGGCGUUGGGAGACACGAGAAGACAACUGUCACCUGCCGCGUUGAGGCCGACCCGCCCGUCACCUCCUACCGCUGGGCCUUCAACAACACCGGGGAGUUCGUGGACAUUCCCAGCUCUCACUACAAUAUCAAGAACGAGGACAUCAAGUCCCAGCGCUCCGACCUUCGAUACUCCCCCGUGAGCGACCUGGACUAUGGAACGCUGCUCUGCUGGGCCACAAACGCCGUGGGGACGCAGCGCACGCCUUGCACCUUCACCGUCUUCCCCGCGGGCAAACCAGACGUCCCGAGCUCGUGUCUGGCCUUCAACGAGACGGAGAACAGCGUGUCAGUGUCCUGCGAGCCCGGCUACAGCGGCGGCGUGGACCAGAGCUUCCUGUUGGAGGCCUGGGAUGACGGCGUGGUGCGGGCGACGGACACCAGUGACUCGCCGCUGCUACAGGUGAGCGGCCUUCGUCCCGGAACGCGCUACACCCUCAAGAUCUUCGCCGUCAACGCCAUGGGUCGCUCGCAGCCUUACAUCUUCACCGCCUUCACCCUCACCGACGUGGCCGAGAGACGAACAGCGUUAGGGGCGGGUCAGGAGGGCGAGCCGCUGAGCCCUGUGGUUGGGGCGGUGCUGGGGGGCGUGGCGGCCGUGGUGGUGCUGGCGGUGGUGGCGCUGGUGGUGGCCAGGUGCAGGCGGGCCGGCGCACCUGAGGAGGCUGGGGCGCGGAAGGGCGGCGAGGAGGGCGUGGCGGGGGAGGGCAGCUACAGCAAGGCGGGAGGGAAGAGCGGCACCCAGCAGGACUCCGCCCACGACGCCGCCGGCCCCGACCUUGUGUCCACCUCCAAAGAGUCCGCCAUGAUGUCCCACUCCCACGACUCCACCACGCCGCUCAUAGGCAACGGGCGUCUGCUGCAGGGCCAGAAGCAGGAGCUCAUGUACCAGACGCAGCAGCAGCAGCAGGCGAAGCAGCAGCAGCAGCAGUACACGCCCCAGCAGCACCACCUCCACGACCCCCACAAGGCCAAGCACGUGGUCAUUGUGGACGCCUCGCCGGGGGAAACUUCGCCUUUUUACCAAGAGGAGGCGCUGGCUGAUGUGUCUGGUGGUGGCGGUGGUGGUGGUGGUGGUACUUUGCCCUAUCAGCAGAGGUCGAAGGUCGCCUAUGUCCCCGUGUAUCAGCAUCAGCAUCAGCACCAGGGGGAUUGGGCGGGCAUGGGUGAGGGGGCGUGGAGUAGCGGCACCCCAGCAGGAUCAUCGGGCGUGGGUAUGGGCGUGGGCGUGGGCUUAGGGGCGGAGCAGCAGCAGCAACAACAACAACAGCAGCCUUCGACCAACUCCCCGCUCGACCCUUACGGCAUCGUGGACCCUAGAAGACACUCCGCCUACCUCCGCCCCUUAGACACACUCCCGCCCCAAGUCACCCAUCUCCCCACCCAUCUCUCCGACCACCAACUCAGCCGCCAGACGCAGCCCCAGCCCCCCUUCACCACCCCCACGCACCCACACCAUCUCUCCUCCACCCCGCACUCCCCCGCCUCCUCCUCCUCCGCCGCCUCCACCCUCUUCAAAGCCAGCUCGGAGCAUGAGAGUUCAGUGUGACCGCAGCGAAGUGGCGUUUCUUAUUUCUAGUGUGUGUGUGUGUUUGUGUGUGUGUGUGUGUGUGUGUGUGUGUGUGGAUGUUGAGGUUUUGGGGUUGGGUUUGAUGUGUCUUCUUGGGAUAUGUGGUUUAAAGAGGUUUGUUGGGGAGUGGGGGAGGUGGGAAGGGUCAGAGAGAGAGAGAGAGAGAGAGAGAGAGAGAGAGAGAGAGAGAGAGAGAGAAUAUCAAUGUUUAGUUUUGUAUAAGAAAUGUAUGUAGAUUCGUUGUCAGAAAUGUGUGUCUGUGUGUGUGUGUGUGUGUGUGUGUGUGUGUGUGUGUGUGUGUGUCUCUCCACUUACUCUCAAACGCACGCACACAACACCCACUCUCUCUCUCUCUCUCUCUCUCUCUCUCUCUCUCUCUCUCUCUCUCUCUCUCUCUCUCUCUCUCUCUGUGAGAGUGUUUGGGAGAGUCG